GAACGUGCCGAUAAACGAACCACAACAUUAGCUCUAUUGAAAGACACGUUGGGCGAUGCAGAGGAUGACUAUGAAAAGUGCCUCAGAGCCAUGACCAGCUAUCAGUCUAAUCUCAUCAGCGCCACCUCUUUCUACGAACAGGUGGCGGGAUAUGAAUGA